UACAUAUACCCCACUCAAUCCGUACUUCAAACCAUAUCCGGGUGAAUAAUCAUUGUCUUCCCUCUCAAACGUUUUCUUCUCUUAACAACCUCAAAUUUCUACCUUCAACCUAAACAAGUAAUAUUACAUUUGUAUAAACAUUUAUUUAUUUAUUUAUGUUUCAUGUUGUAGUUUUUUUAAACUAAACUCGACCUUAGCAUGUUGUUUUCUUGGGGAAGAAGAUUCCAACAGACUCUACGAUAUAACAUAAGGCCGUUGUGUAGCCAAUCACAACGCUCCACGUCAUCGUCUUCUUCUCCGUUGAGCUCUUUUGAUGGGUCCGGAAAUGGUGGUGAUGAAAGGGUUAGAGAUUUUGAGUAUUUUCUUAGGACAAUAACUUCUGGGGCUGUGGUUGUUGGUACCACCUUAGGCUUUUGGUAUUGGUCAUCUUUAUCUUCUCCGAGUGCUAAUAACUCUUUGCAUUCUUUCUCUGAUUAUGCUACUGAGGAUCAGUUUCAACAAAACUAUCAAAAUAAAUCCAAGUUUCUCUUCAAUGAUAAUUAUCGAAGAAGAGUAUUCUUCAACUACGAAAAACGUCUUCGCUUGCAAAGUCCUCCAGAAAAGGUUUUUGAGUACUUUGCAUCGAAUCGGAUCCCUGGUGGCGAGGUUUUUAUGACACCUGCAGAUUUGAUGCGUGCCAUUGUUCCUGUAUUUCCUCCUUCCGAAUCAAGACGUGUUAGAGAAGGUUCUUUAAGAGGAGAACAGUUUCCCGGCUCGUUAGAAUGCGAUCCUUCUGAAUUUUUUAUGCUCUUUGACACAGAUAAUGAUGGACUCAUUUCUUUUGCGGAGUACAUAUUUUUUGUCACUCUUCUCAGCAUACCAGAAUCCAGCUUUUCAGUGGCUUUUAAAAUGUUUGAUAUUGACAAUAACGGGGAAAUAGACAAGGAAGAAUUCAAGAAAGUGAUGUCAUUGAUGCGAUCUCAAAACAGACAAGGAGCUAACCACAGAGAUGGACGACGCCUUGGAGUGAAAACUCCAAUAGAAAAUGGCGGUCUCCUGGAGUAUUUUUUUGGCAAAGAUGGAAAAGAUUGCUUACAACAUGACAAAUUUGUUCAAUUUUUAAGACAACUUCAUGAUGAGAUCUUGAGAUUAGAAUUUUCUCACUAUGAUCACAAUAAAAGAGGAACCAUUUCGGCCAAGGAUUUUGCACUAUCCUUGGUUGCAUCUGCAGACAUUAAUCACAUAAACAAACUGCUGGAUAGGGUCGAUGAAUUAGACAAUGAUCCACAUAUAAGAGACAAAAGAAUUACGUUUGAGGAGUUCAAAGCUUUUGCAGAAUUGCGCAGGAAGUUGGAGUCCUUCUCUCUGGCCAUAUUCAGUUAUGGAAAAGUUAAUGGAGUAUUGGCAAAAACUGAUUUUCAAAGAGCAGCAUCUCAGGUAUGCGGUGUCCAUGUUACAGAGAAUGUACUUGACAUAAUUUUUCAUGUGUUUGAUGCUAACCGUGAUGGGAGCUUAAGUGCAAGCGAGUUUGUUCGAGUUAUACAAAGAAGAGAAGACAUUUCCUCGCGUUUUGGAUUUGGGAAUUUGAUAACAUGUUGGUUGAACUGUGUAAAGGGUAAAUGUUAAUGAGCAGAGCAUCCAUUUUCAUCUCUCAUAAACUAAAAGAAGGGUGGGAUAUGCAUUUGGGUUUUCCAGUAAUGGACUCUUCAACCAAAUGCAGACUCAAGAUAGGGAUACAGGUGGAAGAUUCAAUCCUGUAGCAAUGUAGAUUUGCAAUGACACUAUCAAACCAUGAUGACAUGGCUUCUGUCUGCUAAGAAAUGUACAGAUUCAAGUUUUCAUGUGUUGCUAGUUGAUACUUGUACAUACAAAUACUUUUGCUUCUCUUAGCUUUUGUUUCUAUUUGGUUAUCAUA